AUUAGGUGUGUGAGCAUAGUCUUCUAAUGCCCAUCUUUCUUCCAUCUCCGUUGUUCUGCUUCUGCCUUUGUUGCUGAGGUCUUACAAACGUAGAAAUGAGCAACACAAUGAGGCCAAGGAGUAAAGUGAUGUUCCAUUUGGUAUACGACAGGGGUUGACACUCCCAUCCAAGACAGUCACAAGUGUUGCGUGUACGUACGUGUGUGUGGUUUGGGCUUCUGAUUAGAUACUUGCAGUUGCAGAGAGAUCGAGAUAACAAAAAUGGAGGACGCUAGGAGGAGCAAGAAUAAUAAAAAAGGAGGGCUCAUAACAAGAACAUGGGAGCGAUGCAAGUCCAUGUCCAUAGGGCGAGGGCGCAAGGCAAUUGCUGAUUCGCUCACACUGAGAACAACAACAAUAAGGAGCAAAUCAUGGCCAAAUGCAAAGGAUAGUGCAAGUGUGGCCCCCCAAGGUUGCUUCUCCGUCUACGUGGGACCUCAAAUGCAGAGGUUCGUCAUCAAAACUGAGUACGCAAACCAUCCUUUGUUCAAGAUGUUGCUUGAAGAAGCAGAAUCUGAAUAUGGUUAUAACAGCCAAGGCCCUUUAGCCCUUCCUUGUGACGUUCACAUCUUCUACAAAGUAUUGAUGGAAAUGGACUGCCAACAAACUCCUCAGGGCUGCGCUUUUCUCAAACGUUCUUCCUCUUCUUAUCAUCUUCUUACCCCUCCCCCCAUGCUUUCCAUUAACCCCUUUUGAACUUUCCUUCAUUCUUACGUAUCAUAUUCCUCAAUAAUGUAAUCACCCCCUUUAUACUUUCCUUUCUGCAAAUAAAAUUUAUG